UGUCAGCCCAGUCCAAAUUUUGUUGUCAAACAAAAUUAACCUGCACUGCAAGAUUUUUACAAAUUUUCCUUUUUUCUUGUUAAUUUAACAGGUAAUUCCAAGGUAAACAGGAACUAAGACAAAUUAAAACAAUGAGCGAAGAAAAAGCAUCAGAUGACAAUCAAUCGGAUUUGUCAGCCGCUACGGAGAACUUAAAAAUUGAGGCCGAACCGAAAGACAGCGGAGACCAAGGAAAAACUGAUAAAGUGAAAAUUGACAUACUUCUGAAAGCCACUGGUAAUGCUCCAAUAAUGAAGAAGAAGAAAUGGGCUGUGGACGCAGAGAAACCGAUCGGGUGGAUCAUGGAGUUUGUCAAGAAAUACCUGAAGUUGGAACCUGAUGAAAGACUGUUCCUGUAUGUAAAUCAGACAUUUGCGCCAUCACCUGACCAAAUAGUGAAGAAUUUGUAUGACUGCUUCGGAACUGACGGUAAACUAGUCCUACAUUAUUGCAAAACUCAAGCUUGGGGGUGAGAAUAUAUAAUGUAUGGUAAAUUAAAUAAUGUAAAUAUGUUUUAGCCACUGUAUAGGAAUAUGUUUAAAAGUGAUGCCUGGUCAAUGUGUACAUAAAGAAAGUGUCAAGGAAGUACAUAAAGCUAUAAUCAAACUUUAUGUAGCAAGAUUUAAAUAAUGUAUAUUUCACACCAUUAUUUUAUUCCUGCUUUAAUAUUUUGCUACAUGUCAUUUGAUGAGCUAUCGAUCAUCUUCUAAUUUAUGUUUUGUGAUACUUAUUUAUUGAGAUCUACUUGUAUGUAUUGUAUAGUUAUAAGAUAACAUGUCAUUCCUACAUUAUUUUAUGAAUAAACACACCAAAUAACCCACAA